AUGUGCUCUCUGGAUGCCAAACAGUAUGUUCCGGAGCACUGUUUAGCAGAUUGCAACCUGGAUAUCACCCUCGGCAAUGUGGUAGAUAUACUGGACAGAUGUGUAAAUACCUGCCUCUCUAAAGGAUUACCUGAUCGAGAUAUUCCCGUUGGACUUCAUAUAUUUACCUCAGGAACCAGUUUGGAGGAACAAAGCCCGGAAUUUCAGGUACAUGGUGGCCGCUUAAUAGGGACUUACUCCCUCGCGACCAAAGGCCAUGUCCCCAUUACUUCCAACAUUACAUAUACAUUCGACGAGCAAGACAGGGAAAGCUUGAAUAACCUGGAUGAGGAGGUCCUAGAGGAGAUAAAGUUGAGUGUGCUCAAAGAGCUAGACUGUCAGAUCUGCUAUUCCCUUAUGGUUGACCCGUACACCACCGUCUGUGGCCAUACAUUUUGCAGGCUGUGCGUUACUCGAAUGCUUGAUAAUUCAAGCCUCUGUCCGGUAUGCCGGAGGAAGUUACCAAUGAUAUUGCCUACCGACCCUGGAAACAAAGUCUUGGACACCCUUACCUCUAUGCUUUUCCCUGACCGGGUUACUUUGCGUCUAGAGGGCAUAAGGAGCGAAGAACAUGUGCCUUCCAGUACCAGCGAAUUACCCCUAUUUGUGUGCACGGUUUCCUUUCCAUCUAUGCCGACCUACUUACACGUUUUCGAGCCGCGGUAUCGGCGUAUGAUUCUGCGAGUGGUUGAGAAUGGCGGUCGGCGAUUUGGCUCGGUCAUGUUCAACCGAAAUGGCGAGUUAGGAGGACAAAUUGAGAACUGCGUAUAUGCACAGUAUGGUACUUUGCUCGAAAUUGAUCGGCUGGAGUCCCUGCCUGGAGGUAGGACUCUGAUACGUGCUACAGGCCGGUAUAGAUUCCGCAUUCUUUCUGGUAGCGAGUAUGAUGGCUGUAAGGUUGGGAGCGUACAGCGUCUAGACGACAUUCGCAUACCAGAUGAAGAGAUGAUAGAAGCUGAAGAGAUCUCAGCUUCUAAGGAGGAUGGCGAUGUAAGCUAUCUGAAUACUUUAUCCACGCAAAAAUUGUUCCAGAUUGGCACCAAAUUUGUGACAAAUUGCCGAUCUAACAAUGCCUCCUGGCUCAACGAGAGGAUGAUCUCAGCAUAUGGUGAACCGCCAACGGAUCCUGCCAUUUUCCCUUACUGGCUUGCAAGUGUGCUACCAAUACCUUCAGAGGAGAAAUAUAAAUUGCUUUCAGUCACGACAGUUCGCGGCAGACUAAAAAUAUGCGCAAAAUGGGCGGAGCAAAUAGAGAAAGAUGAUAAACAGCUGCUACGAAAGGGUACUAGAACAGGUUCUCACAUCUCCGCACUUCUACCAUUUCUAUUCAUGUUUUGCAUCUGGUUUCUGCCAGCUUUCAUCUCGGCUAUUUUGAACUUCGCCAAUAUCUCAUCGCCCAACUCAUCCACCACCAACUCUUCUCCGUUCAGCGUAUCGUUCUCUGUUUUCCCUCUUGGGUUCUCACUCACAUAUUCAUCAUCCAGCUCGUUCUCACCUCCUCUUAAUACAGAUGAAAACCGCGCGUCGAAUGGUUUCGUUUAUCCCAGUUUCAAUAUAUCGCAAUAUUUUUCAAAAAAUUUACUAUUUGGGGGUGUUAUAGUUGUUUGCGUGGCAAGAGUUUUACGCCGAUUUAUUGAGGUAAUUCACCAGCACCAGCGUACUGCCAUGCCGGUGAGUAAUAACACCGCUACCACUCCCGCGGCUGGCGAGAGUGGCAACAGUUCCAAUAUAGGUACAGAGCACAACUAUACAGAGGGAGAAACGAGAGAUGACAGCUCUGCAACAUCUAUGGACGACACAAGUUCUAUUGAACUAGAUGGGUAG